UCGUAUCUUUCAGUUGCGUUCCAACGGUUAAACUGGCGCGUUGCUCUCUCAGCAAGCAAGAAAAUAACUAAACUAAACAAGAGACAAGGCAACGGCUCACCUACACGCUCUCUUCUUCUGUGUUAACGGUCGUAACGUGAGUGUGCGUCCGUGCGUUCGCGUGUGUUUGUGUGCCAGUUAAACAAUGAGAAAUUGAUUCUCACUAAGAUUUUAAGAACAGCAACUAAGGAGGAAGUCACCAAAAACAACUCCAAUUUUUUCAAACAUUUUUUUCGAGUGCAAACGUAAACAAACCAAAGAAGUUUAAUAAAAAAAACACAAAAGACAAAAUAGCUAAAAAAGUAACACAAAGGAAAGCGAUAAAAAACGAAAUGGGAGAACUGCGAAAAUCGGUGCUGCCGCAGCAGCAUCUCGUUCUGGCGCUUCUGAUCUGCUGCAGUUCAUUAAUAGAACUGAGCCAAGCGGAGCUGAAACCCAUCCUGGAGAUAUACCCCAAACAGGAGGUACAACGCAAGCCUGUGGGCAAGCCCCUGAUCCUCACCUGCCGCCCCACAGUACCCGAUACGGCCCUGGUCGCUGAUUUGCAAUGGAAGGAUAAUCUCAACAAUACCAUCCUGCCGAAACCGAAUUACGAUCCACUGUUUGAUGCCAAUGGCAAUAGAAAGAAAGAGACGGGACGCAACCAGCCGCCAAUGUACACGGAAACGCUGCCCGGCGAGAGCUUGGCCCUGAUGAUUACCUCGCUGUCGGUGGAGAUGGGCGGCAGAUACUACUGCACCGCGUCCUAUGCCAACACCGAGAUCCUCGAAAAGGGAGUCACAAUUAAAACUUACGUGGCCAUUACCUGGACGAAUGCCCCCGAGAACCAAUAUCCCACCCUGGGCAAGGACUACGUGGUUAUGUGUGAGGUGAAGGCCGAUCCCAAUCCCACCAUCGACUGGCUGCGCAACGGAGAUCCGAUCCGCACUGGCGACAAGUAUGUGGUGCAGACCCAUGGCCUGCUCAUUCGUGACGUUCAGGAGGACGACGAGGGCAUCUACACCUGCCGGGCGGCUGUGAUCGAAACUGGCGAACUCCUAGAACGCACCAUUCGCGUGGAGGUCUUCAUACAGCCGGUGAUUGUGUCCCUGCCCAGCGAACUGGAGGCCACCGAGGGCCAGCCCUACGCUGCCAAUUGCACGGCCACCGGUAAACCAGUGCCGGAGAUAAGCUGGAUCCGUGAUGCCACCCAACUGAAUGUGGCCACGGCCGAUCGCUUCCAGGUUAAUCCCCAGACAGGACUGGUGACCAUCAGUUCGGUGAUCCAGGAGGAUCACGGCACCUACACGUGCCUGGCCAAGAACAAGGCCGGCGUGGUGGAUCAAAAGACCAAACUGAAUGUCCUGGUGCGUCCGCAAAUCUACGAGCUGUACAAUGUGACCGGUGCCAGGACCAAGGAGAUUGCCAUCACCUGUCGGGCCAAGGGUCGUCCGGCUCCGGCCAUUACCUUCCGACGAUGGGGCACCCAGGAGGAGUACUCGAACGGCAACCAGGUGGACGAUAACAGGAUCACCCUAGAGCGUUAUUUCGAUGAGGAACGCGGCGAGAGUACCGGCACCCUGCGCAUCAACAAUGCCCAGCGCAGCGACGACGGACUGUACCAGUGCAUUGCCAGGAACAAGGGAUCCGAUGCCUACAAAACGGGACACAUUACGGUCGAGUUUGCCCCAGACUUUAGCCACAUGAAGGAUCUGCCGCCGGUAUUCUCGUGGGAGCAACGCAAGGCGAAUCUCAGCUGCCUGGCCAUGGGCAUUCCCAAUGCGACCAUCGAAUGGCACUGGAAUGGACGCAAGAUCAAGGAUCUGUAUGAUACCAACCUGAAGAUCGUCGGCACCGGACCCCGCAGUGACCUCAUCGUGCAUCCCGUAACGAGGCAAUAUUAUUCCGCCUACAAGUGCAUUGCCACCAAUAUUCAUGGCACCGCAGAGCAUGACAUGCAGCUGAAGGAGGCCCGUGUUCCGGACUUUGUUUCCGAGGCCAAACCCAGCCAGCUGACAGCCACCACAAUGACCUUUGAUAUCCGUGGCCCGCCCACAGAACUGGGCCUGCCCAUUUUGGCGUUUAGUGUGCAGUACAAGGAGGCCUUGAAUCCGGAUUGGUCGUCGGCCUACAAUCGCAGCUGGUCACCGGAUUCGCCGUACAUUGUGGAGGGUCUGAGGCCGCAGACAGAGUACAGCUUCCGGUUUGCCGCUCGCAAUCAGGUGGGAUUGGGUAAUUGGGGCGUCAAUCAGCAGCAGUCGACGCCGCGUCGCUCGGCUCCGGAAGAGCCCAAGCCGUUGCAUCAUCCCGAACAGCAUGACCAGGAGGAGCCAGUGGUUGUGUCCCCGUACUCCGAUCACUUUGAGCUGCGCUGGGGAGUGCCGGCUGACAAUGGAGAGCCGAUCGACAAGUAUCAGAUCAAGUAUUGCCCGGGUCUCAAGAUGUCCGGCACCUGGACGGAACUGGAGAACUCCUGCAACACCGUUGAGGUCGUGGAGACCACAUCCUUUGAGAUGACACAGCUGAAUGGAAACACAUACUAUCGCAUCGAGCUGAAGGCACAUAAUGCCAUCGGCUACUCAUCGCCAGCAUCCAUUAUCAUGAAGACGACACGAGGCAUCGAUAUCAUCCAGGUGGCAGAGCGACAGGUCUUCUCCUCGGCAGCCAUCGUGGGAAUUGCUCUGGGCGGCGUCCUGCUGCUCCUCUUUGUGGUGGAUCUCCUCUGCUGCGUCACCGUACACAUGGGCGUCAUGGCCACCAUGUGCCGCAAGGCCAAGCGAUCGCCAUCGGAGAUUGACGACGAGGCCAAGUUGGGCAGCAGUCUUUAUGGUUGGCGUUUUCCGCUACCUUAUUGCAGUGGCCAGCUGGUAAAGGAGCCGCCACCGUCGCCGUUGCCACUGCCGCCGCCGGUCAAGUUGGGCGGUUCGCCCAUGACAUCGCCAUUAGAUGAAAAGGAACCGCUGCGCACGCCCACCGGCAGCAUCAAACAGAACUCGACCAUUGAGUUUGAUGGCCGCUUUGUGCACUCGCGCAGUGGCGAGAUUAUUGGCAAGAAUUCAGCAGUGUAAAUGCCAGGGAUACAGAGUAGGAAUCCCAGGAUACCAGGUUACCCAGGAUACCCAGGAUAACAGGAGAACGUGCACAAAGACGGACCGAAGAGUGAUGGAGAUACAGAAAGCCAAAGAACACUUGAAUAAUGCAUCUAUUGGCACUCUGAGUUGGUUUUUCAUUUACCUUUUGUACACGGCAAGAAAACCGAACUAAAUGUCUCAACUAUAAAUACAUACGAUAUCUAACACACACACACACCUAGCACACUAAGCUCGAACAAACAGAUCAAGUAACUCCAUGUCGCUUCAUUUAACUAGUUUACCAGAAAUCAUUACAGUGUAUUCUUUGCAUUUGCUUUUGCCACACACACAAACACGGUAAAUUAACAAAUUAAAUAUAAAAAAAGAAGAUAAAGAGAGGAGAACCUAGCCUAAGUAAUAUAUAUAUAUAUAUGCAAGAAGGAAAUCUUAAAUUAAUGCCUUACAAAAAAAGAAACAAACAAAUUAUUACAUUUAUUUAGCAGUUAAACGCGACAAAAAAGUAGGAAGAGAAAGGAAAGGAGAGGGGUGGGGAUUUAUGCAUGUAAGCCGCAAGGAAUAAUGAAGAUUUCUUUAGUAUAACUAACUUAAACAUGCCAUAAAUAAGUUUAAACAUUAAGUUUGCAUUGAUUGUCAACCCAACACACCCCCACCCACCCACCAAUUCGUAGUAUGUACUUAAAAAAAAACAAACGCUGAACAAAAGACUUGCGAGCAUUUCUUUCUCUCUGUGUAGAAGAGAAACGAAGUUAAAUAAUUUACUUGAAUAUUUUUUAGUUUUUAUAAAAAAAAAUAUUUAAAAAAAAAUCCUUGGUUUCCUCCGCCAGAAAACACACAAAACUUAAUGGAAAAAAUGCUCAAUGUAUAUUAAAUUGAUGUUUAAAAUUAUCUAAAACGAAAAUGUUGACAAGCUUAUAAAAUUACACUUGCAAAAAAUCCUUUAAAAAAUUAAAAACUAAACUAAAAUUAAGAAAUAACAGGAGAUUGCCAAAAACAAUUCGCUUUAUCAUUUCAAAUUCAUCCCCUUCAUCGAUGCUCAGUUUUGUGUUACAAGUAUUUCUCUUAUGUAUGUAAAAAUUAAACAAAUUGUAUGUUAAGCUAUCUAACGGAUAUAUAAAUCUAUAAAUAUAUGGUAUGUACAUGUAUUUAAAAGUUAAUUGUAAGUUUUUUUUUUUACUACACACAAAAAACGGAAUAAUUCAAAAAAAUAAAAAAGGAAAAUACCUAAUAUAUAUCUGUGUGUAUACAAGCCGAUCUGAAUGUAUGUAUAUGUAUGUAUAAUCCCUUAAAGAAAGCGCAUUCCCCCCCAACAUUCUUCGUUGAGAUCCCUGUUUUCCUUCCGAGCUUUUGUAGCUUCUGUUGCCUUGCCAGAGCUUUUUACCUUAUAUAUACAUUACAAUAUAUGAACAAUACGAUAAACUAUAUACAAGCCAGUCGGAUUAUACGGAUCGGGGGAUAAAGGAAAAUGGAGGCUACACAUCCCACAAUGUUUUUGCUGCAUAUGAAAUAUGCAUUUGCUGCUGCAGGAACAGGAACCUAUAUGCUAUAUGCUAGACUAUAUAUAGUUUCCGUUUCGGCAAACAGCGGCAGAGUGUAGCUUUUUAUAAUGACAAAACUAAACUAUAAAAUUGAAGGAAAAAUUAUACAUACAAAUGGGGGACGAAAAUAAAUCGUAUUUACUGUACCAUA